AGCCGGUUCCCUGGGAUACGGCCCGGGCUGGUUGAGGCGGAGGGCGGGCUGUGGUGGCAGGAGUCCGGCACACCAUGGCCAGUGUCCACGAGAGCCUCUACUUCAACCCCAUGAUGACCAAUGGCGUGGUACAUGCCAACGUGUUCGGCAUCAAGGACUGGGUGACGCCGUAUAAGAUCGCGGUGCUGGUGCUACUGAACGAGAUGGGCCGCACGGGCGAGGCUGCCGUGAGCCUCAUGGAGCGGCGGAGGCUCAACCAGCUGCUUCUGCCUCUGCUGCAGGGCCCAGAUAUUACACUGACUAAACUGUACAAGUUAAUUGAAGAAUCUUGUCCUCAGCUUGCAAAUUCAGUACAAAUCAGAAUCAAACUGAUGGCUGAAGGCGAAUUGAAGGAUAUGGAACAAUUUUUUGAUGACCUGUCAGAUUCUUUUUCUGGAACUGAACCAGAGGUUCACAAAACAAGUGUAGUAGGCUUAUUUCUGCGUCACAUGAUCUUGGCCUACAGUAAGCUUUCUUUUAGCCAAGUGUUUAAACUGUACACUGCCCUUCAACAGUACUUCCAAAAUGGUGAGAAAAAGACAGUGGAGGAUGCUGAUAUGGAACUGACCAGCAGAGAAGAGGGCGAAAGAAAAAUGGAAAAAGAAGAACUUGAUGUGUCCAUAAGAGAAGAGGAGGUAUCUUGCAGUGGGCCCCUGUCCCAAAAACAAGCGGAGUUUUUUCUUUCUCAACAGGCCUCUUUGUUAAAGAAUGAUGAAACUAAGGCCCUCCCUCCAGCUUCUUUGCAGAAAGAAUUGAACAACUUGUUGAAAUUUAAUCCUGAUUUUGCUGAAGCGCAUUAUCUCAGCUACUUAAACAACCUCCGGGUCCAAGAUGUGUUUAGUUCUACACACAGCCUCCUGCAUUACUUUGACCGCCUGAUUCUUACGGGAGCCGAGAGCAAAAGUAACGGGGAAGAGGGCUACGGCCGGAGCUUGAGAUACGCUGCUCUGAACCUGGCCGCCCUGCACUGCCGCUUCGGACACUAUCAACAGGCAGAGCUCGCCCUGCAGGAGGCAAUCAGGAUCGCCCAGGAGUCCAACGAUCACGUGUGUCUCCAGCAUUGCCUGAGCUGGCUCUACGUGCUGGGGCAGAAGAGAUCCGAUAGCUAUGUUCUGCUAGAACAUUCUGUGAAGAAAGCAGUGCAUUUUGGGUUACCGUACCUCGCCUCCCUGGGCAUACAAUCCUUAGUUCAGCAGAGGGCUUUUGCUGGGAAGACAGCAAAUAAACUGAUGGAUGCUCUAAAGGACUCUGACCUCCUGCACUGGAAACACAGCCUGUCAGAGCUCAUCGACAUCAGCAUCGCCCAGAAAACGGCCAUCUGGAGGCUCUAUGGCCGCAGCACCAUGGCGCUGCAACAAGCCCAGAUGUUGCUGAGCAUGAACAGCCUAGAGUCGGUGAAUGCGGGCGUGCAGCAGAACAACACGGAAUCGUUUGCGGUCGCGCUCUGCCACCUCGCAGAGCUGCAUGCGGAGCAGGUAGGAGGUGGCCAGGGCUGUUUCGCUGCAGCUUCCGAGGUAUUAAAGCACCUGAAGGAAAGAUUCCCACCGAAUAGUCAGCAUGCCCAGUUAUGGAUGCUCUGUGAUCAGAAAAUACAGUUUGACAGAGCGAUGCACGAUGGCAAAUAUCACUUGGCUGACUCGCUUGUUACAGGAAUCACAGCGCUUCAUAGCACUGAGGGUGUGUAUAGAAAAGCAGUUGUACUACAGGCUCAGAAUCAAAUGACAGAGGCACACAAGCUUUUACAGAAAUUAUUGAUUCAUUGUCAGAAAAUCAGGAACACAGAAAUGGUGAUCAGUGUCCUGCUGUCUGUGGCAGAGCUGUAUUGGCGAUCCUCCUCCCCUACCAUUGCACUGCCCGUGCUCCUGCAGGCGCUGGCCCUCUCCAAGGAGUACCGGCUACAGUACUUGGCCUCUGAAACAGUGUUGAACUUGGCUUUUGCCCAGCUCAUCCUUGGAAUCCCAGAACAGGCCUUAAGUCUUCUCCACAUGGCCAUUGAGCCCAUCUUGGCUGACGGAGCUGUCCUGGACAAAGGCCGGGCCAUGUUCUUGGUGGCCAAGUGCCAGGUGGCUUCAGCAGCUUCCUAUGAUCCACCGAACAAAGCAGAAGCUCUGGAGGCCGCCAUUGAGAACCUCAACGAAGCUAAGAACUAUUUUGCAAAGGUCGACUGCAAAGAGCGAAUCAGAGAUGUCGUUUACUUCCAGGCCCGACUCUACCACACUCUGGGGAAGACCCAGGAGAGGAACCGCUGUGCGAUGCUCUUCCGGCAGCUGCAUCAGGAACUGCCCUCUCAUGGGGUGCCCCUAAUAAACCAUCUCUAGUGAGAACGUCCCUGCGGGGCCAUGCUGUAGAGUGCAAGAUUCUGAACUUGUUUACACUCCCUCCACAUAAAUGAUGUGUGUGUGAGUGUGUGUGUGUGUGUGUGUGUGUGUGUGUGUGUCUUAAUAUAUAUAUUUUUAUUUCAGAGGGGGAGAAAGAGAGAGAGAGAGAGAAACAU